UGGUGGAUGUAUCGAUCGAAAAAGGAAACUCUCAGUGUUGGAAAAGUUGAGGUGCUUCCAAGCAAGUGCGUGGCACUUACCUCGAAGAAAGUAUACACGUCUAGAAAGACUUCUCUGGUUGAAAAUGCUUGAAUAAAGAUGAAAUUAUAUCUGUAGUCAUUGAAAAAAUCAUCACGUCAUUGCAGAAAACGUAGUAUCCACAUAAGUCUAAACAAACUCUGUUCUCUAGACCUUCUCUGUUUCUCUCUAAUCCUGCAGGUCAUCACUGAUUCUUGUAAAGACGGAUGGGGAUUCACUGGAAUUGUCUUGCAGCUGAUACUUUAAGUCGAACUUCCGUUGCUGCCCCAGUUCCAGACCUAGACUCGGACUCGGACUCGGACUCGGACUCCCCUCGUGAUUCCAUCUUAAAACUGGUUGAUGUUGAUGCAUCUCCUAUGGAUUCCGCUGAAUACAGCUGCUGUUUCACAAUGGUAACUGCCUGUAUUUCAACAUGGAUGUCUAAUGCACCUCUUUCGGGUGAGAACAACGUAAUACUUGGUGCAUUAGACAAUUCAAAGUUGAGAGAUUUCACAUAUGAAGAGUUGAGGGCAGCGACCUUCAACUUUAGUAUGAAUCUGCUGAUUGGAAGGGGAGGUUUUGGCAAUGUCUACAAGGGUUGGCUCAAGGAGCAGAUGCCAUCUAAGGGUGCUAGGAACCGAGCAAUUGCUGUCAAGAGAUUAUCUGGACGCAGCAGACAAGGAUAUCUAGAAUUUACGACAGAGAUCAGUUUACUGGGAAUGGUGUCUCAUCCGAAUAUUUUGAAGGUUUUGGGUUUUUGUCGUGCAAAUGAAGAGAAGAUCCUUGUCUAUGAAUACAUGCAAAAACGCGGCUUAGACUACCAUUUAUUUUCCAAGAAACCAGAACGAGUACUUUCAUGGGAAAUUAGGCUUAAAAUCGCGAUAGAAAUUGCUGAAGGACUGUCUUACUUGCAUACAUUAGAGCACCCAAUAAUUUUCAGAGAUAUGAAGCCCUCAAAUAUACUACUUGAUAAGUCCUAUACUGCGAAGAUAGCAGACUUUGGACUGGCAAUCACAGCGCCUGCACCCUUGAGAGAUCAUGAUGAAUAUAUACAAGAAGAUAGAAUUGUUGGCACAUAUGGUUAUAUGGAUCCUCUUUAUGCUCAGACUGGGGAGUUGUGUGUGAAGAGCGAUGUUUAUGGCUUUGGUGUUGUUUUGGUUCAGCUGCUAACUGGUUCAAGAUUAACAAAAAAUAUCAAUGAUGAUCAAACCGUGGGGGAAUGGGCCGAGAAAUAUCUAAGUAAUAGAUUCAGGUUGAGAGGCAUAAUGGACUCCAGGUUGGAGGGGAAGUAUGUUACUGGGCAGGCUUCAGAAAUAGCAAUGCUUGCUCUGAGAUGUCUCGUUCGUAACCCCAAAUUCCGUCCAUCAAUGAAAGAAGUUGCCGAGACACUAGAGAAGAUCAAAACUCGUGCUUAUAACCAGAAACAUCUUGUCAUGUGUGGGAAGUGCCAUAAAGCUGGACACUACACCAGGUCUUGUGACAAGAACAGUCAUGUUGGAGGGAAUUCAAAGCUACCAAAUGCAAGUGAAGCAAUCACAGAGGAGAGGACUUCUUCCACACAAUCAACCGUCCAACAAGACAGCGGAAGGAGUGAGGCCAGUGAUGUUGUAACAAAGACACUUCAAACAACUCCCAGCAAUUCAAACCUACUAGAUGCAAGUAAUGGAACGAGCAAUGAGAAGACUUCAACAAUUCAAUCACCUCAUCCCCAACAAGGAAGCAAAAGGGAUGAGGCAAAUCGCGUUGGUACCAGCAAACCUAGGAACAAUCAUCUUAUAAGAAAAACAACUGCCGUCGGAGGUAAUUCGAAGGUACUUGAAGCAAGAAAUACAACAAAAAAGGAGAAGACGACUUCUUCUAGAUUGAGUGUCCAACAAGGUAAUACAAGAAAGGAGGCAAAUGGUGUCGCUACCAGCCCAUCUUGUAACAACGGUCCUAAAACCAAAAUUCCCAGGAAUUCAAAGCUACUAAAUGCCACUGAUGCUAUGAAAAAGGAGAAGAUUUCUACGACCAAAUCAAUUGUCCAAAUAGGUAAAAAGAGAAAUGAGGCAAAUGGGGUUGGUACUAGCACACCUCGUAGCAAAGGUCAUGGAAAAAUAACUACAAGCAAGUCAGAGCUACCAAAUGCAAGUAACGUAGCAAGGAAAGUGAAAGCUUCUGUCCAACAAGUUAACGAAAGGAACGUGGCAGCUGAUGGUGGUAUCUGCAUAAAAUAAACCAAAAGAAGAAUGUAUAUAACAAUGCUAUGCAGGGAAACAAGGUCACCGAGGACAGAGAAUUCCCUGUUUCACCGGAUGAAGAGGAACCUUGAGGGCUUCAGGUUUCUUACCGAAAGAUGCAUCAGCCUUCAAAUUGCUUAUAUCUAUCAAGCAUUUGUAUUUCUCUGGAUCAGCUUGUACUUGCUGUCCUUGUAUUCCCCUGCUAUCCGCUGCAUUUCGUGUCAAUCAAAGCCAGUGUCUCCCAAAAUGCAAGUUCCUUUUUUUGUCCUUUGAAAAGAUAUCAAAAUGCAAAUGCAGAGGUAAGAUAAACGCUGCUUGUUAUUUACCAAGAAAAGGAUGAAGCAUGAUGGUAAAGGGCUUAAGAUUUGCACAGUAGGUUUUGAGUUCGAGUAAGGACGUGCAUAUCUUGUAAGAGUCUGGGACAGUCAGGGUUUUACUCGCUCACCUGAACCCACAAAGUGCGCUUUCUAGAAGGAGGAGUUUCCUCAAAUCCAAAAAAUAAAAGAAAAGGAUGAAAGCUAGGCCUAAUUUUCGUUCAAUGUGCUGAAGGCCUUUUACUUGUUGAGGUCUGAUAUUGGUUGGAGCAAGUUCAGAAUAGGGCAACAAUUGGACCACCAUGCAGGAUUCCAAGUUCACAAUCUAGCAGUUUUCUUAGAAUUGACUGCUGGGUCUAAUUAUGUUGCUGUUCGAUUAAAUAGAUUGCUACAUUUGGUACGUACUGAUUCAAAUCAAAUGGUGGGUCUAAUUCGGUUCUCAAGGAUUUUUU